AUGUCCAAUCCCCAGAUAUCUCCCAUUUGGAAGCCUCUCCAUGGUCCAACUUCUAUACGAUUACUCACCUUGUAUCCUGGAAGAUUCCAAGAUCAUGUUGAAGCUUCACUCGAAGAAUACGAUCUCAGGAAGGACCCGUACUAUGAGGCUAUCUCAUACUACUGGGGCCGUCAGAUGCCUGAAUACAACAUUACUGUAAAUGGACAAGUUCUCCAAGUCAGGAAGAAUCUAUACGACUUCUUGCGAAAGCUUCGCUCCGGGUCUCAAAACCGGAUCCUCUGGGUCGACGCCAUUUGUAUUUCACAAAUGGACCUGGAAGAAAAAUCACAACAAGUACGAAAUAUUCACCACGUUUUCCUCCAAGCCUCCUGCGUCCAUGCUUGGUUAGGAGAGCACCAAAACUCGAGCGAGGUUUUAUUCGACCCCCAAGAAGACGACUGGCAACCCCAUGAAGGACUAUUUCGUAAAGCAUGGAGACUGACCUUUUCACCUACGCCACUGCGGAAAUUGUACGAUGCCAGACGGAGAAGAGCGAGAAUUUGGAUCGCGUUCUUUGAACGACCUUAUUUCAGCAGACGCUGGAUUGUCCAGGAGUUGGUCCUGGCACGGUCUAUUAUGGUGCAUUGCGGAACGGACGAAAGGUCUUGGGACGAAUUAAUUGGAUCAAGAGUUAACCACCAAAACUUCAAUGGUAUUAAUUUCGGCAUCUCUGGUGAUAUUUAUAAUCCUGCCAACAAACCCUUUCGAAAAGCGACGAACAACAUUCGGAUGCUGCUAAUGUUACGCGGGGAAGCUCGAACGCAAAAAUUCGAGCGAGACAUCUUUACACUAAUCAACAUGUUCUCUCACACGAAAUGCGAGGAUCCGCUUGACCAGGUAUAUGCACUGCUCUCCCUUGAUGACAGCUCAAUGUCUUCACAGCAAGAUAUGCAGCACUACACUGCCAAACGGACCGGUGUCAUUUUUCCAGAUUAUCAGAAGGAUAUGGCCGAUCUCUUCAUCACAGUAUUCACUAAGCGGAACUGCACCGAUCCCAUCCAGCUCGAACCUUCACUCGUGAACACCGAGAACGCAAGGCGGAGAAGCCAAAUAUCCGGGAGGGUCCGGUGGAACGUAGAUCAAGUUCUUGUCGAGCUCGGCAGUCAAAGAGCGCUCACGGCUUAUCAUCUACUGGCAGACCUGCAUUUAGAUGAGUUCGAAAUGAAAAUCGUACAAGAGCGCUUUCGUGAAGCCGCGUUGAAGGAUCAUACAGGUCGACUGACCGCUGCAUUAUCUGACACGGAGAAAGCAAUCCGGUUUAUCAAUCGACAAAGGGCUUCGUACCAGAUAUAG